UUUGUUUUUAUUGUUUACGAUUACUGUAAUGCUAAAAAUGUUUGUUUAACAAGAUUUUUGACUAAUUGUUGUUAAGUAAAGGAUAUUGCGAUUGGUGCAAUAAUUGCUUUAUACGCUUAUUUAUUUACAAUCGCCGAAAAUGGACGACAAUUACGACGAACGAAUUCAAAAUCUUCGCAAAAGGGUUGUAUCUAACGCACUAACCAACCAAGAAAAGAAACAGUUUUCUAAUUACUUCUUACACUUAAAAGACAAUAACAUUGGAAAACGAACUGGAAAACCUAUCAAAAUUACUGAUGAUGUUUACAACCUGUUCGUAUCUUCACCAGCCAGUAGUGAAUAUGACGAACCAAGAGAAACAACAGAUUCUGGGAUUAGUGGAACUGGGAUGGAAGUGGAAGUUGCUGAGAAGAGUUCUGUUGUGAAUGAUAUUGUACCUCAAGCCAGUUUUGUUUCUGAAAAUUCCACCCCAGGGAUCGAAUCUUUUGCCCCACCACCGACAGAGUUAUGCACCACAGUAAUAGAACCAAUGUCGCAAUUCCAACUCACUAAAGACGGGACACAAGAUGGAAGUUUUACUUCAAUUCCUUCGAGUCAAACUGUCAACGAAACUGAGUUAAAUAAAGCAAAAAUUAAUAAAAGACUUACGUUUUCUGAAAGAAUGAAAUGGACUCGAACACCUGUGCCAAAUCAACCCACCAAGAAUGUUACUUCUGCAUCAAUACAUGGAUUAUUUGAAGAUAAUUCAAAACGCAAUAAGUCAUCAACUAUAAAUAAUAUCCCACAAACCAACAUGGAUGUAUCAGAUGAUGGAUCAUAUAAUUCAUUUGAUUCUCAGUUUGUGGUGGAAGAUUUAACUGAGACAUCCAGACUUUCCAAAAAAGCAACGAAACAAAAGACAACUUCUCCAGCAAAAAGACCUUCGACUGUAAAAAAGAAAAUUUCCCAACGAAAAAGUUUGAAAACUUCCACUAAAGAUGCAAACAAAACAUCUUCUGGUGAUAAACAAGUUUUCAGAUCUAAAUUACAAUCCCCUAAGAAGCACACACGAGUUACAGAGAUACCUCUUCAAAGGGAAACUAGUCUCAACAUUGCCAAUGAAGAACAUGAUAUGAUUCCAAACAGCAAUGUAGAACAACAACCAUCAGACAAUACUAAAGUGAAUGAUCAAACUCAAAAGAAAAAGCGCAGAAACACAGCAAGAAAAUCGAUAAACAAUUCAAAAGUAAAUAAAGUUAAUCGGAUGGAUACUACAAAGCACAAACAAAGUCUUGAAAAAAGCAAUCAAGUUUCUGAUGAAAUCCCUGGUGUGAAUACUUCACCUAUUAUCAAUCAUGCUGUUCAAUCUGCAACAAAUCUACCAGAAAAUGACUCUGAUCUUGAUUUGGAUCGUACCCCAACCCCUGAAGAACCUGUAACAUACACAGAACACCUUACAGUGUUACCAGACAAAAAUAUAUCAGUGUUGCCGGAACAAAAUUCAUUAAAAAAAGUUUCCAAGUCAAACAGAACAGCUAAAAAAUCUAUCGGCAAACGUAGGAAAAGGUUUUCUAAUUUAAAUGAUGUUGAAAAUGAAGUAGGUAAUACUGAAGGAGUUUCUCCAUCAAAAUUACGCCGAAUUUCAACCAAGAAGGUUCAGAAUAAAACUCAAACUUCUAAUGCAAGCCAACUAAAAGAAUGGUUAAACACAGAAUCUGGAGGGGUAGAGGAAAAUAAUGUUCACUUGCCGUCCAAACCAACAAAAACCAAAAGAAAACAAGGACGUCCUCCAAAGAAAAAGAAAAACGAGAAUUUGGAAACUGUUGGUGCAGAAACUGUACCCCUUGCUCCAGAACAAAGAAUAUCCAGUGAUCUUGUUCAAUCAGAUCUCACCGAAGAUGUAACGGAAACAAUCCAUCAUGCUGUCUUUCCUCAUGUUGAUCAAUCUUCUAUCAUGAAUCCUAAUGACAUGAUAAACAUUGGCAAAGCAAUGAUGGGCCCUCCUGCUUCUACCCCCCGUCGUGCUAAGAAACAUAGAAAUAUAAUUCCCCCCGAACCCUCGCCUCCUGAAGCUGAUGAAAUUGAUAUAGAGAAUGAGGAAUCGUCAGUUUCAAACUUUGAUGACGAUAGUUAUUCAGAGAGAGUUGAUCCAAUCAGUGUUGAACUUACUAACAAUUCCAACCAAAGAGAUAAAUCGAAUGAGAAAACCAAAUCACCAGAAAAGAAAAAAUCAAUUCGAUCUUCGUCAAGAAAUCGCCACACUGGGGGGGAAGAUGACACAGACGACACAAUUACUCACUCUCCUGUUAAACAAAAACGGAAAUAUCAAAAGAAAAAACAAAAUCGUUCCAACCAUCAAGAAACAGAAGCGGAUAAAACCGUUGAAUCACCAAGAAAAACGAAUGUGAAACAAAAAGUUAAAAAAGCCAAAUCUGGUUCCAAAAAUACUUCGUCUCAAAAUAAAGAAAACAAGCCAAAACCAAGAGGUGAAAAGAAGAAUCGUGGCAAAUAUAACAAGUCUCAUAAUAAAACACAGAAUUUGUUUAACCCCUACCCAGUUGAACUAAUUGUGCCAGACAUUGUGUCGGUGGCAGAUGAAGGUUUAAGACGAAGUAAACGUGUUCGAACCCGACCGCUGGAUCCAUGGGAACAUAUAGUUUAUGGAGAUAAUAAUGAACCUAUAUCAGUAGAAAUAGAAGACUCAGUAAAGGCGAAUAUGGUUAAAAUUUGGAAGAAUGCUUCGAUUUUAGCUCCAGCCGUUAUACCUGCUAAACUUACUAAACAAAAACCGCUGAAAAAAAACAAAACCACAGCAAAAGCUAAAAGAGGCCGCCCAAAAUUGCAAGAUCAAAAUGUGCCACUUAUUUCUUCACACAGAAUGGAAAACAAUGAAGUUUCUGAACCAGAGGAUUUACAAACAUUAAAGAAAAGAAACAAAUCUCAUGUAUUAUCUUAUUUGAGUGAAGAAAGUGAAAAUGAAAAUAUUGCAUCUGUUGAUAAUUAUGAUGAUGUGGUGGAACAAGCAGAACAUACAACUGAACAUGAGCGGCAAAUAGAACCUGAAAUUCCACAGCAGAAUACAAAGGUGGAUCAUGUAAGUGAAACAUCUCACAAAAAAAUACCAAGCAAAAGGGGAAGGAAAAAGAAAACUAUUGAACCACAAAUAGAACCGGAAUUACCAGAGCAAAAUGCAAGGGUUAAUGAAACAGGCGAAACAUCUCAUAGGAAAAGUAAAAGAGUAAAGAAAAAUAAAAACAAAAAUAUUGAUAAUGAGAGUAAGCUUACAUCACAACCCAACAAUACUUACAAUUCAACAAAUCAGUUACAAACAACAACAACAUCUGCCCUUGAUAUAAACAACAGUAGUAUCGAUAUUGUUGUCAAAAAGAAAAUCGUAACUUUGGGCACCAAAGAAUUUUUUCAUCUCCCGGAAAAUGAAAUUUAUUUCAAUGGAAAUGGUGAGCCAUGGCAAGACAAUGAUCCAAUCAAACACAGUAAAGGAAUCUCAAACCAAGGUUUUUCAAUGGGGUCCAUGGUUAUAAUGCCUGGGGAGCGGAAAGAGUUGUCAAGAAUGAAACUCAAUACACUUUCUUGCGUCGUAUUAUCUGGCACUAUUGAAGUAGCUUUUGGUGGCAGAGAAGUAGUUGUCACACGUGGUGCUUAUUUCUACAUUCCUCCAAAGAACGAGUAUAGUAUAACCAAUGUAAGUCCAGUAGAAGAAGCAGUUCUGCAUUACUCCCUUUAUAAAAACUGCCACCCACUUGGACAGUUAGAUGAUAGUGUUGCUACCAACCAGUGAUUUUUGUAUUGAAAUGUUUUUACAAAUUGACACACACAUAUUUUUGCUGCCAUGUACAAAAAUGAAUUUUAGUGUCACAUUUUUUGUUUUUUUAUAUUUUACUCUUGUUUAUUUUCGUUUAAAGUCAUAAAAGCUUGUUUUAAUGAUGCCCGAAAAGUUAGUUGUUUUACCAGAUACAAUACAACACAGUUUCAAAAAUUGAGCCUGAAAUUUCUUUCUAAUCCCCACAAAGUAGCAAUUACGUGACAGUUACCGGCCGCUGUCCCCCAUACGUCAUGUACUCUGUCUUGUACAUUUUCGGGACGGACAUAAUCUCUUUCGAACCUGGUUUUGCAAUCACCCAUGGCGUGUUUACUGGACAUGAGAAAAUUUCUUUGACUUUAACAUCAGAUGGUUUCUUGUAUGAUUCUGCCACCAAUGUGUUUAAACCUGGAGAAAAAGUGUAAAAUUUAGUUGCGAUAAUGUUAAGUGAAAUUAUAAAAGAUUCACAAAAA